AUGGACCAAACUACUUGCGGCAGUCUGGCAUAUGAAAAUAAUUUUGCAAAUCAACAAGCAAGCCCACAAAUAAAGCAUAUCCGCCCCUACCGACUUGCUCAUCAAGCUCUAUGUCUUACUCAGAUUGAUUUCGAUCAAUGUAUCGUAAUUGGAUUCACCCAGAUGACGAUAUGGCCUUUGGUUAACAAUUUGAGGUGGCUACAUAUUAAUUGCCGGCAAUGUCGGAUCCAUCGAAUUAUGCUUGAGCCUGCAGGAGAUCCCUCUGAUUCUAAUGAUUUCGACUCAACUGGCUCCUCUGUUGUCACUCGCGGCAAUUUGCAUUCAAGUCAUCAUAAUUCACUUCCCAAUCCUAUGGAUCUACCUGUCGUAUAUAAUGACCCUAGCAUAGAAAUUUGCAAAAGAGAUUCCAAACUCAGGACUCUUGACAGCUUUCAACGCAGGCACACCGCUGUUGUGAGUAUGGCGGAUGCUGAUGAAGGAAUGGGUGAAGUUACAAUCCGGUUGCCUCUUUCUUAUUGGUCCUUUAUUGCUGCCAAGGGUCCCCUACGAAUAACUCUAGAAUUUUCGCUUACGAGACCCAAAGCUGGAUUCUAUUUCGUGAUUCCAGCUAAAGAUGGACAAAUCUAUGAUGCUGAUGACCGGGGUAUACAUGCUUUUACUUCUGCCUCUCCGAACUCCUCCAGAUUGUGGUUUCCUUGUAUAGAUUCCUCUGAACCGUGCACAUGGAAAAUCGAAAUCACCGUUGAUGAGGAUAUGGUUGCUGUUGCCCCAGGUGAUCUACUAGAGGCUCCUCAUUACACCGAAGAUUUAAAGAGGAAGACAUACCACUUUUAUGUUGCAGUCCCUGUUUCGGCACCAUGCAUCGGCCUUGCUAUCGGCGCUUUUGAUAUUUUUCCCGACACACGGCUGCCCAAUCUUGCUACGCAUUUUGCACCUAAAGGUCUUCUACCUAUACUUAAGCAUACAGUGAAGCCAAUAGCUGAUAUAAUUGAAUACUAUGAAUCAUUGCUUGCUUCAGAAUUUCCUUUCAGCACUAUGAAGUUGGUAUUUGUUGACCAAGCCUAUGAGGCUGAAUUCCAAUCUUAUGCCUCUCUUAUAAUCCUUCCGGUUGAUUUACUUCAUUCAUCCCGAAUCAUAGAACAAACUAUUGCAACCCGGAGAAUUUUGGCACAAGCAGUUGCCAGUCAGAUAUUCGGUUGUUUUAUCGGGAUGCAUACUUGGUGUGACGCUUGGCUCCCACUUGGUCUUGCUGGUUAUUUGGCAGGUCUUUAUCAACGCCGUGUAUUUGGCAACAAUGAGUAUCGCCACACAACCGCAACUCAGAUGCGCUAUGUAACUAAUUUCGAGCAUACGAAGCAUGGCAUCAUAUUAGAUGCCUCGCAGACCUUACCAGUAAAGAAAACUACUUAUUUUAAUCUUAAAUUGCCCCAGCUUCUCUGA